UAUUGCCAAAUGAGGGGUGGUGUUUGCUAAAAGCAUAAAAAUGAACCUUUUUUGCAAAGUUUGACAAUCAAGACUGUCGUGAUUUUUGGAUGUUUUUAGUUCUACUGCACAAAGGGCUGUUCGCAGUGGCUUCAGGCGAGGAGUUAUGAACAGUAUUUUACAAGUGAGGGCUACUCGGAAAAUGCUCUGUACUCUAACAAUCUGGACUGUGACUGGAUCAUCACAGCAAAGGACAGUAACAAAGGGAUAGUCCUCUUAGUGAACCCACCUCUUAACAUUGAGAGCGAAAAUGACGAAGAGGGUCUACAAGAAGAUUGUUUCGACUAUCUAGCUUUCUACUCUGGCGAAGAGGAAGUUCCGAUCUCGCUCUGGGGAUCCUAUGAACUUUGUGGAACAAUAAGAGCAUCCCACAUUCCUCAAAUGGGGUCUCUUCCUAUGCUCCACUCACCUAGCAAUCUUCUGGUUGUUGAGUUCUUCGCCGAUUUUUCAGAGAGACGAAAGGGGUUCAACAUAUCGUACUGGCAGUAUGAUAUAGACUCUAAUUGGUCUGGAUCGCCUUCAGAGUAUUAUUAUCCGAAUGAUUUCGGUGAUGGAUCUGGUAGUGAAAGUGGCGGUUCUGAGUAUUCUGGGGGAAGUUCUGUUGAUUGGAUUCCAACGACUCCUGCACUUGCAGUUACAACGACUUCUGAAGGUGUUUUCCCAAGACGAACGAAACGGGGUAUCGGUUCACGCGCUCAAAGCAAAAAACAAAUAGCUGAGUCCGAACGAAAGACUGGUCGAGCGAAGGCUUUUGUGAUGAGAGAUGAGAAUAAAGUUGUGCAAAAAAGGAAGAAGAAAGGAAAUAAGAAGCGAAAUCGACGUCAAAGUUCAACAGAGACACCUGCGUGGAGAGACCUCUCGUAUGACUAUUGGCCGCAAGAAUAUUU